AUGGCUCCAUCUACACAGGGACAAGCCUGGUCGGAGAUCCUUUGCUGUCCCGUGUGUAAUCAGCUUUUCUCCGAAACCCGUGCACCAAUUUCCACCUCUUGCGGUCAUGUUUUCUGUCGAGUUUGUGCCCUUGCAAUCUCUGGAUCAAAUUGCCCAAUUGAUGAGGCAGAAAACGGGUAUCCAAUCCGCGAGCUUCCCACCAAUUCUGCAAUCCUCUCAGUCGUCGGCGUUCAAAAAGAAGCCUCACAACAGAUCAAAAAUCUGUUGAAGAAAUAUGGCAAAGAACUUCCAUCAACAGCAAUCUCGAGUUGUGAGAAACAUCUUUUGGGCCUCGCUUCUUACAUGAGAAGGGCGAAUUCGGAGAGAGGGGGCAGUGUGUGGAGUGAGCUACUCAGCCGAACGAUUCAACGAAAAUUGGUCUCUGUGUUAUGUGCUCAGAUUGUUGAAUCGAAUUGUAGACUAAAGCUGAUGAGAACCCUCCGUGCUUUGGCUGAGAGAAUAAUCUCCGAGCAACUCCUUCAGCAACAAGCCUCUCACAGUCUCUCCACUCAACUCUGGACAACCGUCCGAUCUCGAGGAUGCCAAUUUUUAGGGCCAGCUAUGCAAGAGGAUGUACUCAAAUUGAUCCUUCUCACUCUCAGCAAGGGUGCUCUCAUUGCGAGGAAGACUCUUGUCAUGUACAUAGUGCAAACUUUAAGCGAAGAUUAUCCACAGGUAUCAAAAACGUGUGUCGGACAUGUUGUUCAACUACUUUAUCGAGCUUCUUGUUUCAAUGUGAUAAAGAGGGAAGGGGAGAGCUCGUUGAUGCAGUUGAAAGAGGAGUUUCGAACUUACGAGGCUCUUCGACGAGAACACGAUACGCAAAUCGUGGGAAUGGCGGUGGAUGCGGGUCCAAGAUGCCCCCUAUAUGGAAAUAAUCAUUCGAAUAUCGCC